AGGCAGACAUUUUUCGUUGAAAGUAUCGAUCCCCAUCCUUCUCUUGCCGAAGUGUCGUCGUUCUCGAUUUCGCUAGAGAUAGAGAUCCAUGUUCAUAAAGUUGAAAAGAUUUUACCCGUAAAUUCCAAGUAGGACUUCCCACUACGUUCCGCAGAUUAUGUACACAAACAGACGACGACUAUAUUAUAGGAUCUCUUGUUUUCUUGUCCUCCUCCUACACACGAAAAUAAGUACAGGUUGAUGAUGAUGAUGAUGAUGAUGAUGAUGGUUCACAUUAAUACAGUUUCUUAAAUUAUUCUAGGCUACAAUCUGCAUUCUGCAAUCAAUACAAAUCAAGAAAGAUGGACAUUGUUGUCACCGAGGCCGACGGCUUGCCUGAGGGGAGCUACGUAUCGAUUCGCAUUGGCGACACUAGACGUCAAGGCCCUUACCGGGAGAACGAGACGUUUCGUUUCGCACCCUCUCAGCAUGCCACGAUGAAAGUGGACCUAUUCCAAUAUCUUGGGGGGACGACCGUGGGCAUGUACUACUAAGGCAGUGUCGUGUUGUUCAUAUCAUUCUUCAUUCAUAACCGCCGGUGAUCUAGGAGUAUCACUAGGGAUGCCAAUCAAUCAAAAAAAAGCUAAGCUAACCAACGUCUUAAGAAGAGAGUGAUCAAACUUGUAUUUGUUGAUGUGAAAUUUUUGUCGUCUUCUCAUGUCCUAGAGAGAACUACUGAGAGACUUUUUCCAGGUACAAGCUGAAAAGUGACGAGGGACAUGUGGAGCGCGUGUCGCUACCAGGCGGAGUGAGUGUCUCCUGCAAAUGCUUAUGGGAGCAAAGUGUUGUGGAAGCGGAAAGAAAUUCAAAAAAAACCAACGAUGAGUCCUCCAUUAGGAACAGAAAUGGUAAUGAUGAUUGAUGUUUCACGUGGACAAGGAAUUUCUUGUACUUACAGUUAGCACACAGGAGACUGCUUAAAAAUUUCGGAGACUCGCGCAGUCACUCCUCGUCGUACUUUCUCAUUUAUUGUACAGAUUCAUAAUAUACGUAGUUGUAAAGGUAAAUGUCCACCUGCUGCCUUCUAGGAAAGGAACUACAAAAAUUUGAAUUUGUUUUAAUUACUUAUCGCUCAUGCGGAAGUAAAAAGACCAAUACUAUUCUUACAUCCGGGGAACAACUUAUGAUUAUUAUUUUAAUUACUUAUCGCUCAUGUGCACAUUCAUUUUGUGUACUGCCUAAGACUUCUUUCAUAAAGCGCGAGCCCCGAUCAAAGCUUCGGCAGAGCCGUCAUGCCGCAACCCUGGCAGCGACGAAAUACCUCGAUGACAACGCGGUUCAAUCGACACUGCAGAGCAUGGUCCGUUGCCUAUUGGAUGCCCAGCCCAAAGACGCACUAAAUUUUAUGGCCAUGCACAUUAGCGCCCUAGUGCAGGAGAAGCGGAUUGCCGAGGGAGGUGCUUGCACGAUCGACGAUGCCAUUGACGUCACAAGGAGAGAAGACGUCACAACCUCAACAUCUAGACAACAAGAGCAGAAGACCACGAUGCCCUCUGAUAUUCAAGUGGACCAAAAAGAAAAAGGUGCUUCAACAGAUGAGGUGGAACAGGAAAGUGCUUCAAAAGAAGAAGAGACUACUGCAAAAGAAGAAGAGACUACUGCAAAAGGAGAGCAGGCUUCCCCAAAAGAUGAGGAGAGCCCUACCACUGCGACCGACGCGUCUCCGGCUGCAUCUCUGCUUUCGUCGGGAGAGAAAGCAGACGUAGAGGAAGAAGAGGAGUAUGCUGCCGAUGAGGAUUUUGAGCAGGAGGACGUGGCAGAAGCCGAGGAAAGAGCUGUGCAGGCAAGUGCUGAAAUCGUUGCGGAAAGUCCAGCCAGCGUUGUCGCGGGAGAUAAAGUCGUGGAGGAAAGUCCCGUGGUUGAGGAUGACAAUGAUGCUGAGAACAUCGAGGACGCGAAAAAGGUUGACGAUGGAGAAGUCGAGAACGCUGAACAGAUCAAGAAGGCCGAACAUCACGUUGUACUGGAAGAAGCAGACGUAGAGGAAGAAGAGGAGUAUGCUGCCGAUGAGGAUUUUGAGCAGGAGGACGUGGCAGAAGCCGAGGAAAGAGCUGUGCAGGCAAGUGCUGAAAUCGUUGCGGAAAGUCCAGCCAGCGUUGUCGCGGGAGAUAAAGUCGUGGAGGAAAGUCCCGUGGUUGAGGAUGACAAUGAUGCUGAGAACAUCGAGGACGCGAAAAAGGUUGACGAUGGAGAAGUCGAGAACGCUGAACAGAUCAAGAAGGCCGAACAUCACGUUGUACUGGAAGAGACACAAGCGGAGCAGAAAGCGUGCGAUGAAGAGAAAGAAGAGCAGAGCGCGUCGGAGGAGCAGCAACAAGAGGUCGAAGCCAAUGUUAACAAGACCGAAGACGAGGAAAAAACGGAAGUGA